GCGUAGCUCCUGCCAACACCAGUCUUCAAGUCUAGUUCAUCAGGGUGCACACUACUUGCUCGCUCUGCUCGCUGACUCCUUCGCACAACAACUUUAUAAUUCGUGGUGUAUUCUGUUGAUAAUUUGGUGCAGUGUGCGUGCGUGCCUGACGGUGAAAACUGGAACGGGGGAAGUGAGAAGUGAAGAUGGAGGUGGUGUUUGCGGUGCACAUGUAGUGGUCAGAUAAACACGAAACACGAAGGAGAACACUGUAAUAAUAACCUAAAUAACAUAGACUACAGUUACGAUAUCAAGUUGAAUGUAGUUGGAACUUUCAAUAUAAAACAAAUUAAUUUACGUCUCAUAUAUUGAAGAAUUCAAUAUUAAAUCACAAUAAAACAUCGCAAUAAAUGUUUGUUACAAUGAACACUGCGAUAACAAGUUAAAUAACAGGGAGAGAAAUUACCAAGUCGGACCAGAUUUUGGACAAGGGGUUAACUCAAGUACGUCCAGCUGUCAACAUGGGAUAGUUGUUAUUAACGCGAAGAAAUAUUACACACAUUAACAUAUGCCCUUCCCUUCUAAUCAAAUACAACAUUAUAUUACUUCUUGUCGAGCCUAUACCGUUGUUGUGCUAAAUUGCAAGUACAAUCAUAAACUUGAUCUAAUCCAACUUAAGCAAGCCAAACCAAAGCUAGUUUGGCCUAAUCUUACGUAACCUAAACAAACUUAAUGUCACCUAACUUAACUUUGGUAAACUUAAUGUAACAAUCUAACGUAAUUCAGGCAAAUUUAACUUAAACAAAAUCAAACCUUCCAAAAUCUAACCUAAACUAGCCAAUAUGACAUCCAGGGUAAACUGACCUCAUCUGACUUAACUUAACCUCACCAAACCUAACAAAAUAUAACAUUAUCUAACAUUACUUAACCCAAUAUAACUUAACAUAUUCAUAGAGACUAUCAUAAAAUAACUUGCACUAUUGACAUUUUAUCCAGUGGAAAAUUGUUCGACUAGAUUCUUGUCCAGUGGAAAAACUGCCAACUGGGAUUUAGUUUUUUCGAGUGGGAUAUUUCCUGAGGGCAGUUCGUACAAUAGGAUACUCUACAAAGAUCCUUAAACUCAAAAAUUCAGGAAGAAGAGAUUUUAAGAUCCUUUAUUGAAUCCUACUGUUGAGAGAAGACUAGUUGGAGGCGACAUUGUGUGAACGAAAGACCCCCCCCCCCCACACACACACCACCAGCUACGGGGACUCAACAGGUGUGACGUCUAACAUCCAGGGGAAGAUGUACCUACGCUCGUUGUUGUGCCCUGUUGUGGCUUUAGUCAUCUUCCUCUCGCUUGUAACAGGUGUGAAUGUUAAUGACUCGCUACCAGCACCUUGGUCCAACCCAGAGGUGUGUGGCUCUCCGCAGGACCCGACCCGCAACAUUCAAGGCGAUACCCUUUGUGACCCUGAUCGCAUCUUGUCCCGUAUGGAAUAUACUGAGAUGGCUAAAAAGUUGAAGAAGUGCAGGGAGGAUGCAGGUACAGACACCCAUGUCAUCGUUUUUCUCGCAGCCAACGCCAGUUUCCCCGAUGACUCCGGCAAAGGAGACAAGAUCGCCCGGGUCAACACAUCUUCAGGAGAAAGGCUGUUAAAGAAGGUGGUGACCUCGUAUGACCUGACCAACAAGUCGCCCGUGAUCCUGGUGGUGGCGGUCAAGGAGCCUUUCCAGAUAGUUGAAUGGGUGAGCUCGUCCCUAACAUCCGUACUGGCUGAGGAGGAUCGGCAGGUGGCUAUGAGGGCGGCCGGAAGCAUUCAUGAAGUCCACCAACACUUCUCCACUUCGAUCUUCCACACACUCCACUCCUUCUGUGAGGUGAUACACUGGAAGCACGAGAGAUAUACUACCAAGUGGAUCAUCCUAACCGUCACUUGGAUCGUCUUUGUUGUAGCGUUCCUGUCAGGUCUUGUCGUCAUAAUCAUCUGCUUCAUCAAGGCGAGACGUUCCCGCUUCAAGAACGCUCCUCCUCCCAGGCCGCAGGGCACAGAACGCAGCAACCCCGGCAGGACCAAUGCCAACCCUUUGUCAGGGGACAUGCACGAGCUUACCACACUCUCCUACAGGACAACGGAACACGUUCUCCUGGGAACCACCGACAUAACCGCUGUUGCCUCUCACUCUUGCGCUUCGACCGACAAUCUGUUGAGUAUGUAGAUAAAUGAUUCAAGUGUUUUUUCACCCUGUGUUAUCAUUGCUGGUAAAAGAAAAUUGGAGCAUGAUCUCUGUCACCAGUGUUUGUAUACAUCCAAUCACA